AGAUAGACUACAGAGGAUUACGACAGCAGGAAUAACGGGAUUAUUAUUCUAUUUUUAAAUAAGAAAAUUACAUUUAAUAGCUGCAUCUUGUAACCACACUCUGCAAAGCACUGGACCGCGCAAAGUUACCAAUUCGAUUGCGUCCACGUUCCAAAUUUCUACGCAUUAUUUAAUUUUGACGCGAAAACCUGAAGCCACCCAAAGUUGGAGCUCUUAACCUAACAAGUGCAAUCCUCUAGGUGGCUAUAUCUCGUUGUUCUUACUUGCAACAGUAAACUGACAUUGUACAUUUAUAUUUUAAAAAUAAAUAUCUUAUUCAUCCGCUGAGAAGCUAUGCCGAGGUCGAAUAGGCAAAAAGAAUACAAGCCUGGGGAUCUCGUGUUUGCGAAAAUGAAGGGUUAUCCACAUUGGCCCGCGAGGAUUAAUGAGUUACCCGAAGGAGCAGUCAAGUCCCCCUCCAACAAGUACCAAGUGUUCUUCUUUGGGACACAUGAGACUGCAUUCCUGGGUCCCAAGGACUUGUUCCCCUAUGAGGAGGGCAAGGAGAAGUUUGGCAAGCCCACCAAGAGGAAAGGCUUCAGUGAGGGUCUAUGGGAAAUUGAGAACAACCCUACUGUGAUACACGAACCCGCAGGUUAUGAGCUGGCAAAGGAGACCCCAGCAGAGGGGGCGGUGGAGGCAGGUGGGCCGCGAAAGGGGAAUGCAGAAGGAAGCAGUGAUGAGGACGAAGGGACCCUCAUCAUCGAUGAGAAGACCGACAAGGGAGGGGCCAAGAGGAAAGCUGGGGAUUCCGUCGAGAGCUCUCCUAAACGACCUAAGGACACAGAGAGCAAAGGUGACUCGAAGGUGGAUAGCAAGAAGUCUGACACCGAGCUGAAGCUCAAUGACAAGGCAGGGCCUAAGCCCACAGCGCUGUCUUCUGCGGGUGAACCAAAGCCAGAGAGCCAAGCAAAACCACCGACCGAGGCCCAAUUAACAUCAGAGAAGAUCUAUUCAUUUGGUCAUACAUCAGGGCUGACCCAGGCCUGUGACUGACAGUGCUUAACGUCAAUCCUCCGAGGAUGACCAAGGACCCGUGGUUCUUUUCCAUGGAAUUUUGGGCAUCAACAUAAUUAGCUAAUCUUUGAGUGCUAGGUUUCUGCUGUUAUUAAGUAACUGGAAAGUGUUAAGACCUAUAUAGAAAUUGUACAGGCAAAACAAACUUACUUGCCAGUUGGGGGUAUUGAAUAUCCCAGGAUUUAAAUUGUUGUCAAACCAAUAGUGAGGAGAAAUGCAAUGCUCAAGAGGAAAUGGGUUUCGGAUAUAUACAGUUUUUUUUAUUUUUAAGUGCAAUUAUGAAGUCUAGCUGCUAGGUGUCAAAAUGCAUUACAGUUUAGAGAGUACACAUGCCCGCCGGUUUCUUAACAAUCUGAACAUAAGCAAACAAAAACACAAUGUUGGGGGAAAUCUUUUGAACAUCACAUUCAUGCUUUUCCAUUUGACAUCAAAAUCCUGCUUAUCCUGUUUAAAUACGUUUUUAGUUUUGUGGUUCGUUGGUUUGAGAAUAUUAGAUAGCUUUUAUCUAUGACGUUGUGCUUUAUAAAAAGAACACAUCUUUAUGUUCUUGGCUUUAAGGUGUGUACAGUGCAUUCGGAAAGUAUUCAGACCCCUCCACAUUUUCGUUACGUUAUAGCCUUAUUCUAAAAUAGUUUUUUUCCCCUCUUCAAUCUACACA